ACUGAAAGAAGAAUUAGAACAACCCUCGAGCAGUGAAGUCGUCUCUCGGUUUGUUGGUUUCGCCUCCGCCGCGACAACUUAAAAAUAAACUACAAAAAAAAAUAAUAAAGAAAUUCUAUUUAUUUAUUAAUAAUUAACAACAAAAAGAAUACUCCAAAACAGUGGACAUCAAAAAACCCCCCCUCAAUUUAACACCCCUUCGUGUGUGUGUGUGUUUUUGUGCAAUUUGUGCAAAACAAAAAAAACCAAACGAAAGAAAAAAAAAAAAACAUGAAUUCCAUUUCAGCCUGUCAAAAUGAUGAAGAAAAAUUUUCAUCGUCGAAAUUGAAAAUUUUUACUUUUCGAUAAAAAGUUUUUCAACAAACAAAAUAAAUUGUCUUUUUUGCAGUUAUUUAAUAACAAAUAAAAGACCAAAGCAAUUGUGAAUACAAAAGAAAAAGAAAAUUUUUUACAAGGAAAAUAAAAUUUGUUAAAUAAAAUCAAAGAGAAAAGUGACGUCAUUGUUAUAAAGAAUUUUUAUAUGAUUUUCCAAUCAAUCAAAAAUAAAACAAGCGAAACAAAGUGGAAUUUGGUCUUUUUUCUUUUUGUUGUGAUUUUUCAUUGAAAUAAAAUUGAAACAAAAAAAAACUGCAUAAAAUUGUUUUAAAAGAUUCUUUUUUGUAUAAAAUAAAAAUCCUCCUGAGGGGGUGGGGAAAUUCUGGUAUAUCUUCUCUCGUCGUCGUCGUUGUCUUUUUUCUCGCCUCUCAUCGUUGUAAUUUUUUUUGUGUGGUGGCCGUGUCUCGUCCCGUUUUUCCGUUCCAUCUCAAGGUUAACGCAUUGAAGAAGAAAAAGAAGUGUCGUUUCGUUUCAUUUUGAUCUUCGCCUUUUUGACCAAAAUCUAUCCCUUUUACUCUUUUGUUGUGCAAAUAAAACAAAAAAAAAACAAGACAACAUCAAAAUAAAAAAAUUUGCAAAAAAAUCGUUUUUGUUUUGAUUGCUUUUGUUGUUGUUGUUUUACUCGGGGAGAUUCGCUUUGAUUUGCUUCGAGAGAGUGGACUCGUGUGGACUCUCAAUAAAAUUUGUUGUUGUUGUCAUUUUGCUUAUAUAAAAAUUGUUUACAACAAAAACUUGUUUAUUUCUCCCAAAAAAAAGGUGCUUUUUUUUGUCUUGAUUCCUUUGAAACAAAAAAUCCAAGACACCAUCUGUGCUCUGUUGUCACUUAACUUAACUGUGUUCAAUAAUCUCCUUUGUGUUGGUGUGUCUCUCCCAUAUUCCAACGCGGAGAGAAAAAUCCUUUAUAAAGUAAAAUUCCAUCCACACCUUAUUCAAUUAGAUUAUAAGUAGACAACAAAAAGAAAAGAAAAAAAAAGAGAACCCCCAACUGACCUUAGUAAAGAGGUGCACCUCUUCUAUUUGCUAAAAAACCAAGCAGAUAACUCAAACCAAACCAAACCACCCCCAUUAUAGUCAUGGGAAGUGUUUGGAAACGAUUGCAACGUGUUAAUAAACGGGCGGCAAAGUUCCAGUUUACUUCAUCGUAUCAUGAAUUACGUGUCGAGACCACCGCUAAGUGGAGACCGUCAAAUUUAUCGGUUGUAUGGACAAGACGAUCUAGACGCGUGGCAUCGGCACCGCUGCCUUGGGAACCGGACAUGGUUAAUCCACUUGUAGGUCAUAUAUCAUGGCCAGUUCCUGAUAAUCAUUCAAUAUCUGUGACGUUAUUUAAAGAUCCAAGGACACAUGAAUUGGAAGAUAAAGAUUGGACGUUUGUUAUCGAAGAUAUUACUCAACUGGGAAAAAAACGUGUUCUAGCAUCGGCCAGCAUAAAUAUGCGGAAAUAUGCCAGUGUAGAAUCAACGCAACAAAGUGUUACACUCACUUUGAAACCAGUGUCACGUAAAAUCACCUCCGCCGAACUUGAAUUGACAAUAAGUUGUGUGUUCCUGCGCGAAGGCAAGGCCACAGAUGAAGACAUGCAAAGCGUUGUCUCACUUAUGUCUGUUAACAAUAAUUGUGAUGUAGCUCCAUUGGACGAUUUGGAAGAUAUUCCAGAUUUGGAGAGUUCCGGUGAAAUAUCUGAACAUUUGUUCGAUUUUACUCAACAAUUGGAACAAUUAACGUCCAGUUUGAAUGGUUGCAUUGAUCUUGCGACGCCAAUGAGUGUUCCUUCACUAUCUGAAGAUCCAACUCCAUUAGCUGAAGCAACCCGCCUAUAUUUCGAACAUGAUGCUGAUAAACAAAGUACCGAUGAUGAUAUGCAGCAAACACCUAGUGCUGCAAUGUCACCUCCGCGAAAUUCUGUAACAGAAGUUCCUACAGCAAAAGCAACACCAGCAACAGCAGCAGUUACAGCAACUGAUUCUACUAGCCAAGAAUCAUCACCACCACAAGUUGCUGCAGUAACUGAUUCAAUAAAAUCAACAUCACAGCAACAACAAAAGCCAAAAACAACAACAACAACAGUCACUGAAAAGCCGAAGAGUAGAUCUAUCUUUGAUACUCCAUCAUCGAUAGCAAAUUCAGCUUCUAAGAAACCACCAUCCCAAACGACGUCGGAUUCUUUAGAUCGUAAAUCAUCAAAUUCCAUAUUUAAAGUGGAAAAAUUGCGAAAGGUAGAAAUCGAUAAAGUUCUACUACCAGCAUCUAAAUUAGGUGGUGCUCCAGCAUCAUCAUCAUCACCUGCAAUAAAUGAAACAAAACCAAGCAAGGACGAUGACACACACCAGCAUCAGAGUCAGCAGGUGAAACAAAAGGAAGAAAUCAAGAUCAAUAUUAUUGCCAGUAGCAAUGACAAGGACAAAGAAAAAGACAAAAACAACUCUUCUACACCGAUAGUUACGGCAUUCACAGAAAAGUCAAAGAAAACUGAAGAGCAACCUGUGGCUGUGGAUGAUUCAAUGCUAGCUAACAAUCGGACGGAGGUGAAACGUCCCGAGCUACAACCAUUGAAUUUGAAGAAGAGCUAUGAAAAUGGUACUACUACAAAUACAACUACAGCUGCAACUACAACAGCUAUGACAAAUAAUAAAACGGUUGAGAAAAUUAUUCUCAAGGAGAACACACCUGGACAGGAUCUACUUGAAUGGUGCAAAGAGGUGACUAAGGACUAUUCAAAUGUUAAGGUUACAAACUUGACGACAAGUUGGCGUAAUGGAAUUGCCUUUUGUGCUAUAAUUCAUCAUUUUGAACCACAUUUAAUUGAUAUGUCUAAGCUUUCACCUCAUGACGUAGUUGGCAAUUGUCGAAUGGCAUUUGAUGCUGCUGAAUCGUUGGGCAUUCCGCGUGUAAUUGAGCCUCGCGAUAUGAGCAUGUUGGCCGUUCCUGACAAAUUGGCUGUUAUGACGUACCUUCAUCAAUUGAGAGCUCAUUUUACUGGCAAACAAUUGCAUAUUGAACAAAUUGGUUCAACUUGUGAUGAAUCUAGCUAUGUCAUUGGAAAUUAUAAGUCCGAUAAUUUAUCAAAGAACUUACUCAAUUUGACUCAUUUGAAGUCACACCUCAAGCAUCAAGGUUCUCAGGAAGAUGAAAAUGAUAAGCCACCAUUGUCGCCUACAUCGAAAAAAGACGUUAAGAAUUUGAUAUUUUCUGGUUCGAAGAAUCUUCUUGGGAAAGUCUUAUCACCUGCCAAAGAUAGAAAUUCUAUAAAUGCUAUGCAACAACAACAGCAUAAUAACAAUUCAUCGGUUGGAAUUGUUAAUAAUAAUAGUACUAGUACACCGAAUGGUGGCAAGGAUAAACCAGCUCUAAUGACGCGUCGUGAAUUAACCGAUCCAUUUGGUAGCGACGAAGAGGACGAAGCUGAAAAGACUAAACAGAGUGGCGAUGGAAGUGAAAAUACGAAUACGACAACAACGACGACGAAGGAUGCAACGGGUACGCCAGCGUUGGAUCCUAAUACAGCAAAUAAACUUUUAUCUCGACAUAAGGAAAUGAGUGAGAAAGCUAAACUCAUGAUUGAAAGAUUGAAAAUAACCAACCGUGAAAAUGGCAAAAAUGACACCAACGAUGAACGACAACAACGUUUGCUUGAACACGCUCGUCGUCUCAUAGCCGAGACACGUUCGAAAACAGUCAAUGGCGAAAGUCCAACAACACCCACGAAACGUAUUACUAUAUCGCCAACAUCUUCGCCGGUGCGUAUCAAGGAUGAAUUUUUGUUUUGUCAGAACGGUGGCAGUGGGGCUGGUUCCCCAAAGGCACCACUAUCACCAACAAAAAAAAUCACACCUCCACGAGAUAUACUCAAGUCGUCGGAGGAUAGCAGCUACAAGCUGAGCCCUAGUCAUAGAUUAAGCGAACGAAAUGGCAAUAGUCCGUUGCAAUCGUUCAACUCGGUCCUCGAAAGGAUCUCACCAAAAAGUGAAAAGAGGGUUGAUAAACUUUCUUAUAUCGAAUCGGAAUUGGAAGCGCUGGAACGCGAACAAGAAGCCAUCGAUCAAAAAGCCAGCAAUUUGGAGAAGAAACUGCGCGCAGUCAUGGGUGGUAAUCCAAAUACGGAAGAAACUGAAGAACAACUAUUAUCGCAGUGGUUUACAUUAGUAAAUAAGAAAAACGCAUUGCUCAGGCGGCAAAUGCAACUUAAUAUUCUAGAACAAGAAAGCGAUUUAGAACUUAAAUAUGCUCUACUAAAUCAAGAGCUGCGAGCAGCUCAAUCAGUUGAAGAUUGGCGCAAAUCUGAAGCACAACGCGAAAAAGAAAGACUAUUGCUUGAAGAAUUGGUGGCUAUUGUAGAUAAACGUGAUCAAUUGGUGCAACGACUUCAUAAUCAAGAAAUUGCAAUCGAAGAUGAUCAUGAAAUUGAACGUGACCUAGAACAAGUGGACAUCAGUGGUGGCAAAGAAAAAUGUGUGAUUCAGUAAAUAAAACAAAUUAAAAAUAAAAACAACAACAAAAAACAUUAGACGCGCACGACUGCAAGGAACAAUGUGUAUGAACAUUAUUUCUCCUUUUUUUCUACUUCUCUUUAAUUGUUUUGUAAACCAUAAACAAAAUAAUUUUUAUUGUAACAAUUAUUAAAAUGACAAUGAAGGUGAAGAUUAUAAAUCUCCCUAAAGCUUUGAACAAAAAUAAAAUUAAUACAAAAAAAACAACAAAAAAAAACAGCCUAUUUAAGCACAAUACUGAUCAUUACCUAACUUCAAAUUCCUAAUUAUAAAAUAAUAAAAAAAAAAAUAAAAAAAAAAAAAACAAUUUUAUUGAAGAAUAUUUUAUUAAUUUUCAAAAAACAAAAAGAAUAUUUUUUAUGAGUCGACUAUAACUGAUUUGAUUUAUUAAUAAAAAAAAUAUAAGGGAUUGAAAAUGGUUUGAACAAAAAAUAAAAUUAAUAAAUUUAUUUUGCUUGCUAUGUAGAAGAAAAAAAUUGUAAACAAGAAAUAUUUUAUCAAAUUGGAUUUAGGUAUUGAAGUCACUAUCCAUUUGAAGAAAAAAAAAAAAAAAACAAAUAAUAAUAAUAAAAAAAGCUAAUAACAAUUCGAAUUUGAAAUUCAUCACGUCCGUUA